AUGUCUGUAAACGCAACAGAUAAUGUGCUACGGAGCGCACCGACUGAGGAUGGCAAUCUCUUCAUCAAGGGACACGGUACUCACCUAGAUACCGCGGCAGCUGUCAAUGAUGAGGCUCGUAUCGACUUGACCUUUAACGGUAAAAGCUCUCUAGAGCAUGUCUUACAGAAUGCAAAGCUACCUAAUUCAUACGCAAACAAUUCCAAGACCAGCCCUCAUCUAGGUGUAAAAGCGCCUUGUGCCUUGAACAUUGUACUACAGAUUGUUGGCAGCCGAGGCGGCGUUCAACCCUUCAUCGCUCUGGGCAAUGAGUUAAAAAAGCAUGGCCAUCGCGUCCGCAUUGCCUCUCACGAUGUCUUUGCCGACUUUGUACGCGAGUCUAACCUCGAGUUCUAUCCUGUUGGUGGCGACCCUUCAGACCUCAUGGCAUAUAUGGUUAAGAACCCUGGCCUUAUACCAUCAGUAUCUUCACUUAUGGCAGGUGACAUUAGUCGCAAGCAAGAUAUGGUGAAGGAGAUGCUAGAUAAGUUUUGGCUCUCCUGUAUUGAACCAGACCCUAUCUCGGGAGUCCCUUUCAUCGCCGAGGCCAUCAUUGCCAACCCGCCAAGCUUUGCCCACAUUCACCUGGCAGAGGCCUUGGGUAUCCCUCUGCAUCUUAUGUUCACUAUGCCUUAUAGUUCUACCCAGGCGUUUCCACACCCAUUGGCGAACAUUAAGCAGUCGAACCUUGACCCGAAGCUUUCGAAUUACUUAUCGUACGGGAUGGUGGAGACGCUAACAUGGCAAGGGCAAUGCAGUCUUGGAGAUAUCAUCAAUCACUGGAGAAGGAAAUCAUUGAACCUAGAUCCGAUCUCUAUGCUUAGCACCCAGGAGGUGCCAUAUACCUAUUGCUGGUCUCCUGCCUUGGUACUAAAACCCGCCGACUGGCCCCCUUAUAUUGAUGUCUGUGGUUUCUUCUUCCGUGACGAACCACAGUACACCCCACCCGACCACAUUGAUCAAUUCCUCCAAGCAGGGCCGCCACCAAUCUACAUCGGCUUUGGUAGUAUCGUCAUGGGUGAUUCAGAAAGUAUGACAGACUUGAUAUUGACGGCGUUGCGAAGAUGUGGCGUCCGAGCCAUUAUCUCCAGGGGCUGGGCCAAACUUGGCGAGGGCCGUAGCGAUAACAACGCUAUUUUCAUCGACGACUGCCCUCACGAAUGGCUAUUUAAAUACGUUGCAGGAGUGAUACAUCAUGGUGGUGCUGGAACAACGGCAUGCGGAUUGCUCAACGCUUGCCCUACAUUCAUCGUCCCUUUCUUCGGAGAUCAACCGUUCUGGGGAUCAAUGGUGGCCAAAGCCGGUGCUGGCCCGUUCCCCAUCCGCCACAAAGAGCUCAACCUGGACAACCUCACCAACGCUAUGGAGACGCUGCUCGCGCCCGCUACAAAGACUGCCGCCAUCCGAAUUUCAGAAACCAUGCGUAACGAACGUGGCGUUACACAAGCCGUACAGUCUUUUCAUCGCCAUCUCCCGCGGGAUACACUUACGUGCGAUUUGUUGCCUGGCGAGGUAGCCGCCUGGAUGUACGACACUAAGCGACUGAACAAGGCUGACAGGAAAAAACAUAAGAAUGGAUUGAGACUGUCUCCUCGGGCUUUGAGCGUUCUGAGUAAUCGCCAGAAGGUUGAUUUGACCAAAGUGCAGUUUGAAAGAUCGGGCUUGUUAACACGUCACAGGAACCAUCCCAAGCCGGUAGAGAUUGAAAAUCAUCGAUGGGACCCCUUGACUGCAACAUCUUCUGCUCUGCUAGGUUCGCUGGUCGACUUCUCUAAGGGAUUCGGAAGCCUCAUGUCCGCCCCCGUUAUGAAAGUCCGGCACGAGACUGCAAACCGGGAGAGGAGAUACGCCGCCACGGCAGCGAUCACAGAUGAUUCCCGGAGCGAUAAUAUGGGAUCGACUGCAAUUGGUACAGAAAUCCACAACCAAGGUCUCGUAAAAACGAAACAUGGAGCCUCGUCGAAAUCAGGACGAGAGGCAUCAACAUCAUCCUCCAACGCUGGAAAGUCGGCCGGAAAGGGCGUCUCCAAGAUGGCCACGAGCGUUCUCAAAGGUUCGCUUGUAGAUGUGCCCCUCGCUCUUACUGAGGGACUACAUAAUUUGCCUGAGCUGUACGGCGACAAGGUCAGGAAGCAUAACAAGAUCACGGACUGGAAAAGCGGCACCACCGAAGCUGGCAAGAACUUUGCGUACAACUUUCUUGAUGCCUCGUGGUGUCUGUUCAAGCAGCCUGCAGUCGGCGCAGUAAAGGGAGGUCCCGUGGGCUUGGUGACAGGACUCGGCAAGGCAGGUUUUGGGCUGAUUGCCAAGCCUGGAAGCGGUAAGUUCAAGUUUCUUGACAUUCCAUGCCGCCUGUCUCUAGUAGGGAGCUGGAAGGCUUUACUGAUGUAUUUGGCGUUGACUCGGCUAGCCAUGUUUGGUCUGUUUGCAUACCCUGCUCUAGGCAUUUACAAGAGUAUUGUGGGGAGUCUGUCCAAGACGGAAAAGAAGGUUCUGGAGGCGCGGCUCGAGCAUGAUGAGUACUUUGCUAAGAUUGACCCAAUGAGUGAGCAAGAUAUUGCAUCAGUUCUAAGCUCAUUUGGUGGUGGAAAGUAA